UUUGUGAAGAAACCUGGGUGUUAAUGGUACAGGAUUGGGUACCAUUGUGUGUCUCUGGCUGUUAGUAAAGCCCAGGGAUGCCUGUGGGAAAAAAGUAGGAGUAGGUGAAGAAAUUUGAAAAAUGAGACUAGGAAAUAGGUUUAAAUCGGUCUUCUUUUUAAAAUGAAUAUUUGCUUUAUUAGCUACUUUUAAAUGUGUAUUGGAAAAAUAGUAAUUUUGAAAAAGCUCAAUAUUGAGAGUCCAAAGGAGCCUAGCAAAGGAAGGAGCUGAUUAAGAACAACAAUCAGAAAGAAAAGCUGGAGAAUCUUCUGCUCUCUUACUCUACAGGUGUAUUUACAGGAUACAGCAAUGGAAACUUGGUCAGUUGAUCAGGUCUGCAGUUGGUUGAUGGAGAAAAACUUAGGAGAGCUAGUUCAUAGGUUUCAAGAGGAAGAAGUAAGUGGAGCUGCUCUUCUAGCACUUAAUGAUCGGAUGGUUCAGCAACUGGUCAAGAAAAUUGGGCACCAGGCCGUUCUGAUGGAUUUAAUUAAAAAAUAUAAGCAGAACACUCAAGGACUAAAGUCCUCUGGAAGCCCCAAAGAGACAGCUCUGGUCACGCAAACAGAACCAGCUCUUGAUUUCAGAGAUGAAGCAUCCUCCAGUCCAGCAGGCCUCCGACUCAGGCCUUGCUUAGGUCUGAACAGGACCCAGUGGGAGCAGGCACCAUCUUUCUAUCCUGUCAAAAACCUUGAUAAUGGACAAAUUGACCAAAGAGUAUUGAAACAGAGAAGAAAUGUGAAACAUGUUCUAGCAAGGAACAAAGCAUUACAGUGGACAAAGUCAUAUGUUUUACCAGAGUUUCCCUAUGAUGUCAAAUGCAUGUUGGCAGAGCGGAAGCAUCCUGACCACAGCAUGAGGAUAAGGAUCAUUGAGUUUCUCCAGGCCGACAUGACUAAGUAUCUGGAGGGCUCGCUGUACCCCACCACCCAGCAGUACAAUGAUGUGGUCAACGCGCUGCUGCGGGCCCACCCUUUCCUGGACGAGGACGGCUGUGGCUUUUUUUUAUGGAAACGAGCCCUCAAAGAUCGCUUUAAAUACGUUCGAAGACCCAUAGAAGAUGACGAACAAGUGAUGAGAAAUAAAUGUAAAUUUGGACAUCGAAGAGGCCAGACAAGGAAAUCUCUUGCUGAUAUAAAAUUUGAUGAAAUUAAGCUUGUCCAGAUAAAAGAAGAAGCUGUUUGUUUAGAUUCUGAGGUAGAUGAACAUAUUAACUGGUUCCAGCAAGAAUAUAUGAAAACAGAAAAGGACUGGACAGAAAUUGACAAGAGGAUGAGCCAGACUUUGGAAAUAAGAAGAAAGAUGAUCGGCAGCAGAACACCUCCGAAGGACAUUCUUAAACUGUUUCCUUUCUUGAAGUGCCCCUACCAGAUGUUCAGAGAAUUCCAACUUCUUACAAGAACAGAUAUCUGUAAGAAAACAAGGCACAUUUUGGAAUCCUAUUCAGAAAAUAUACUGACAUCUUUUUCAGUGGUGGACAAUCCAAUCAAUAUUGCAUUGCAAGAAAAAAUGAAACAGUACACAGAUGAAGACAUGUUGAAACACUUGAAGAUGACGGCCACAUGUUUACUCCUCCCAGAUGUUUUUGGGGAUGACCCCAGCCUUUUUGUCGUUGUGAAUGAGAAGGUGCAAGUGUCCACGCCCGUGUUAGAAGUUAAAAACCCUUUCAACAUCGAGGUCUGUGAAUUUUCUUUAUAUUUAGAAAAAGAGAGGCUCACAAAGGUGCACGACUGUGUCACAGCCUUGGCGGUUCUAGUGGCAGCCUUUCACGUAUUUGGGAUUGAGUGUCCAAGAAGACUGUCCCAAACCCUCAACUUUCUAGAGACAUUGAUCUUUGACGUGCACAGUCCCUAUUUUCCCUCUUUGAGAGAAAAGCAAAGAGAAGUAGGAUUUCAACACCCAGUCACUUAA